CGACUAAAAAAUUUCAUGAUGAGUGAUGAAAGGAAUCUUUUGGAAUAGCAGAGGUCUGAAAGACUUGGCUAAAAGAAGGUUUCUUGCUGAGGCUUCUCUGGAGCAUCGUUUAGAUUUUAUUGCUCUAUCGGAAACUGGUAGAGACAACUUUGCGCCCCAGUUCCUUUCCUCUCUUGCGGGUGGUGUUGAUUUUGAUUGGCAUUGCCUCCCUCCACGAGGAAGAUCGGGUGGUAUCUUGCUGGGUGUGAGAUGCGAUUCGCUUGAAGUCCGGAGUGUAGUGAUGGGUGACUUCGCGGUUAAGUUUCGAGUCAGGUCUAAGGUUGAUGGUUUCAACUGGGCAUUGGUGGCGGUUUAUGGUGCCGCACAGCCCGAGCUUAAACCGGAAUUUUUGGCUGAUCUUGUUUGGAUUUGUGGGUCCGAACAGCUUCCAAUCUUAGUUGGGGGUGAUUUCAACAUCAUUAGGAGGAGAGAGGAGAAGAAUAAUGAUAACUUUGACGGCAGGUGGUCAUUCAUGUUCAAUACUAUUAUUGAAAGCUUGGAUCUGAGGGAGAUAGAGCUUUCUGGUAGAAAGUUUACCUGGGCUAACUCUUUGCCCAACCCGACUUACGAGAAGCUUGAUCGCGUUCUUGCGAGUGUGGAGUGGGAACAGAAGUUCCCGCUUGUGACGGUUCAAGCUCUUUCACGGGGUUUUUCCGAUCACACACCCCUGUUCGUUGACUCAGGGGAGCCGAACCACGUGGGAAACAAAAACACCUUUUCUUUUGAGAUGGCCUGGUUCGAACGCGAAGGGUUCCUAGACCUGAUCGCUAGUGAAUGGGCGAAGGGUGUAGGCGGUAGGACCGCGGUUGAGCGUUGGCAAAAUAAGAUUAGGAGUUUGCGAAGCUUCUUACGGGGUUGGGCUAAGCACCUUAGUGGGGUAUAUAAGAUUGAAAAGGACAGGCUCCUCUCUCUUAUACAGAAUCUGGACGUUAAGGCCGAAUCCACGAUUUUGAUGCCUGCUGAGCUCCAGGUUAAAACUGAAGCAGAGAAGAGGUUGAAAGAACUUCUCCGCGAAGAAGAAUUGAAGUGGGAUUUGCGGGCCAAGGUUCGCAAAGUGGUCCAAGGGGACGCGAAUACUCAAUUCUUUCAUCUGAUUGCUAAUGGUAAGCACAGAAAGAAGAGAAUAUUCCAACUUGAACAAGAUGAGGGCACUAUUGUAGGAUAGGAUAACCUAAAAACAUAUAUAACCGAGUAUUAUAGGCAGUUAUUUGGACCUCCGGAGGAUAAUUGUGUAUCUCUCGAUGAGUCCAGAACUGAGGAUGUGCCUCAACUUUCGGCUGCUGAAAAUGAUAUUCUGGUUGCCCCGUUUUCGGAGAAGGAGGUGUUUGAUGCUAUAGCACAGUUGAAAAAUAAUAAGGCUCCCGGACCGGAUGGAUUUCCGGCGGAGUUCUACAAGAAGUGCUGGCAUAUUAUUAAGGGGGAUUUGUUACCUAUGUUUCAUGAUCUGUUCUCUGGACAGCUUCAAUUAUUUCACUUGAAUUUUGGAACUAUCACACUGCUUCCUAAGAAGACGGACGCUGUGAGAAUUGAGCAGUUCAGGCCGAUCUGCCUUCUCAAUGUUAGUUUUAAAAUAUUCACCAAGGU